CUAUCAGUGGCGUGGCAUGGUUUAAAAGAAAAGUGCAACCCAUGGAAUACUCGCCCUUCAUUUGCGUGCCCUCCAUGACAAAUUCGGUACCUCCUAAAGUUUGAAUUUUUACCAGGCUGCCAUGGAAAGAGGGAUAUGUUUUUCAAGCGUAGUUUUCAAAAACUUGAGAAGCAUUCCCCACCACGUCCGCGUUAUGUGUAAUUACGCCAGAUCACAGAAAAAUUAGGAAUGAUGC